ACUGAGACACAAUGGGAACCGUGUGGUUCUUUUGGUUUCAUUUUUCUGCUUUGAGGCUGGUCUUGUUGACGAUGGUCAGAAUAUUACGCCAGUGAUCAAUAUCAUGAGGUGGGAGUCAUCCCCCCUCAGUGCGGUGCUCUGAGUUCUGCUGUGUUACCAUCUCAAAGAGGACCUUCCAUUUCGCUGGGUCACUGCACUGCAGUGUCUCGGAUACAAAGAAGGUCCGGGGUGAGCUCACCCCUAAACUGCACGCGUGCAUUGUUCAGGCUGUAGUGCAGACGGUGAAGGACGAUGUUUGGUUUCCAUAAAUCCAAAAUCUACCGGAGCUUAGAAGGCUGUUGUAUUUGCAAGACCAAGUCGUCCAGCUCCCGGUUCACGGACAGCAGACGAUACGAGGAAAGCUUUAAACUUUGUUUUGGUUUAAUAGAAGCACGGGCAGGAGAUAUCUGUAAUGCUUGUGUUCUUCUGGUGAAGAGAUGGAAGAAACUGCCUGCUGGAUCCAAAAAAAACUGGAGUCAUGUGGUUGAUGCACGAGCUGGUCCAGGCCUUAAAACGCUUGUGAAGCCUAAGAAAAUGAAACUUGGUAAUGAUGUUAAAAAGAAAAACAAAUUGAGGCGACUCCAGCAAAAACUGAAAAGGCAGAAUUCGGAUGCACGUAGCACAACGUCUAGUAUUUCGCCUUCCCAAUCUCCCACCCACAGCAACCAAUCUGAUGAAGGGUCGGAUACAGAAACCCAGAAAAGUCUUUCCUUGGAACCAGUCUUUUCAUUCCUGGAUCUGACUUACUGGAAAAGGCAAAAGAUUUGCUGUGGUAUUAUCUACAAGGGUCGUUUUGGUGAGGUGCUGAUCGAUCCUCGUCUUUUCAAACCUUGUUGUAGUACAAAAAAGGACUCUGAGUCUACGACACAGGCUGAAACAGCUCUUCAGAUUAUUCAAGGAAAUUGGUAAAUGUGCGCUGCAGCAACUGGAAACUCACCUCUGGUCACUUUGCAUCUUUGUCUCCAGUGGCAGACUUUAAGUAUUUGAUAUAAUUUUGUCAAAGUUGAAGCAGUGAUUUCAGUUUUGUAAAUCUGCAGUGUGAUAAUUAUUUUAAAAGUAGGCUAAUCAUUCAUUGACAUUUCAUUUGAAAUCUCCAGGCAUAUAUUUUAAAUGAAUUUUGUUGCCAUAAUGUUUAAAUACAAUGAUUUUUUUGUUUCAGCAGCAAUUUAAACUGUAGCUAUGUAUUUCUGGAAACAAUUUUUAUUUUGUAGUUUAGGUUUAACAUUGUCAAAUUGUGUUGCUACUGUUCAUCUGCCCAUCCCUUCUCCACCCCUGCACCCCACCCUGGCCUCCUGAGAGGCUGAAUUGAUGGAUUACCUGGCUUUAAUAACCGGGGUUGCCAAACUGUUUUGGUAUGUGGGAUGUGCAAUAACUUUUUUGUCCUUUGGUACAACACUGGCAGAUACUCUUGUGCAGUAGCAACCUUUGAGUGUCCCUUAAGUCACUGGAAAUUUUGGGGAGGUUUUUUUGAUACCUGUCCCAGUGUAUUUUUGAUUAUAUAAUCUAAUUCUUUUUAAGAGUAAAAUCAUGUGAAAUAAACUUUUUGUACUCACCUUGCUGUUGUUGUAGACCAGCCUAUUAAUGGUUAUCUUGUUGAGGAAGAUUUUUAUAUGACCUAUCUUUGGGCCACUUUUUAAUGUAUGGAGUUGUUGAUGAAUUUAAAGGGGAGGGGUGGGAUUUAAUAUCUUUUGCUCUUUAUUCUUGGAGCAGGAGAAGAACUGGAGUAAAUUUCCUUAUGGAUAGAUCCUCUAUGCACCAAUUUCACCAAACUGGGUUUACAAAAAAAAAUUUGAAUUAGAUGAACAAAAAUACAGUUUUGUAUCUUAGCUAACAUUUGGACGUUAUUUUCCCUGGACUUCACACUCUUGCUCUCUCCCACCUGUUCCAAUCAGUACAUUCCUUCCUGAAUUCAUCCUACUUGAAAUAUUUUAAUUGUUUGGUUAACUUGGUUUUCCUUGCAAGUUUGUUACUGUUAAGAAUGAAGUUGCAUAAUCUGUAUGACAUGUUGAAAGCUAAAACUUGUGUUUGCUUUGGUGGAGUGGGGUGGUGAAGGUGCAGGGAAAGAGUUUCCCUUGACUAUCCUCUGUCAUUUGGUGGUUGGUUACCUGAGAAUUUUCCAAGGGUGUUUCAGUCCCUGGAUAAAAAUCAAUCUCUUGUACUUGCUGAAUAAGAUUGGUAUUGUAAAAGAUUGAGACUUAGAUUGAUUUAAAUUGGAUUUGGGGCUUCUCAGAAUGUGGACAUCGCCUGUAAUGUCAGUAUUUUAUGUCCAUCUCUGUGUCCUCAAGUUUGUGGUGAACCACUUGAUCAGCUGCAUUCUUCUAGUGAAUGUAUUCUCUCAGUGCUAUUGGGCAGAGUUUUUCAGGACUUAGACUAUCUCUCCUUCAGAAUGAAGGACUGGUGAGAUAUUACCAAAUUAUGCAGUCGGCAACUUGGAGGUUUGUUCUGCUAACCUGUAGGUGUGUUCUGCCAAGCAAAGUUACGAGUGGGUGACGGCAAGAACAGUGAGCUUCAUAUUUGCAGGCCUGCCACUAAAUUUCAUGUCCACUGACUUCACAAUCUGUCCACUCUGCUUUUGUCACCCAGUAACACUGGUUUGGGAAGUGCUGUCAGAGUAGGCAAGUAAAUGCAGUGCAUUUUGCAGAUAGUACACAUUGCAGCUACUGUGUGUUGUUGGUGGAGGGAAUGAAUGCUUAGGGUGGUGUAUUGGAUGCUAAUCAACUGGGCUGUUUUAUCCUGUAUAGUGUUUGUGUUGCUGGAAAUGCACUGACCCAAGUAAGUGGAGAAUAUUCCAUCACAUUCCUGACUUGUGCCUUGUAGAUGGUGGAAAGGCCUUGGGGUAUCAGGAAGCAAGUCACUCACUGCAGUGCACUCUGUCUGACUUGCUCUUGUAGCCAGAUUGUAUGUGUGGCAGGUCCAAUUGCUGUUCAGCUGUGCUUCUCCCCCCCCCCCCCCUACUACCAUUGAAGGAGGGGACUUGGCAAUGAUUAUGCCAUUGAAUAUUAAGGACAGGUAGUUAGACUUCUGGUGAUCAUUGCUCGGCACUGCAUCCCACGUCUGAAUGUUGUCUUGGUCUUACUACAUGCAGGCAUAGGCUGCUUCAUUUGCUGAGAAGUGUGCAAUGUUCAAUUCCAUUUGCAAAUUAUCAGAGAAGAUUGUUGAUUAAUCAGCUGAAGUGUGUUGGGCCCAGAAUGCUCCCCUGAGAACCUUCUGCAGUUGUGUGCUGGAGACUGGGAUAAUUGACCUCCAACAACCAGAGCCACCUUCCGUUGUGUGAGGUAUGACUCCAUCCAUUGGAGUGUUUUGCCCUUGAUUCCCAUUUUCAGAUUUACCAGGGCUCUUUGAUGCCACACUGUAAGAUGCUGCCCCCACCAUCAUUGAGGAUGGGGAUGCUUGUGGAGCCAUCUUGUCUUAUUAGCUGUUUAGUUGUUCACAACUGGGAGCCGCUGGACUGUGGAGGUUUGAUCUGAUGUGUUGGCUUAGGGAUUAUGUAGCUCUAUAUAGUAUGUCCUGUACAGCUUCAUUAGGUUGGUAUCUCAGUUUUCGGGAUGCUUGCUACUGCUCCCAACAUGCCCUUCUGCACUUAUUGAACCAAGGCUGAUCUCUGGUCUGAUUGAAAUGGCAGAAAGAGAGGGUCUGCAGGGUUGUGAGGUUUUAGAUUGUGCUGGUGUCUACUUCUGAUGAUGGUCUUCAGCACCUCAUGGAUGCUCAGGUCUGAGCUGCCAGAUCUGGUCUGAGACAGUCUUAGUACAAUGGUCGUGCCAUGAAAUAAAUUGGAGGGUGUCUUCAGUGUGAAGAUGGGACAAGGCCUGUGCAGUGGUCACACCUAAUAAUGUCACACAGUUGUCAAUCGAGGUCCCCACUAAAAAUCCCUUCUGUUGGUAACUGAAAGUUAUUGCAUUAGCCAAUCUUCCAGCUAAAGUUUUUGUAAACACCCUGAGUAAAAUUGAACCAAUGGUUAUCAACCUCCAAUUAUUGAUGUCUUGUAGCCUAAUUAGGUCACCUGACUUAAGGAUUAAAAACAGUGUGGUUAUUUUUGAUAUGCUGUCUGGAACUUUACUGAAUCUUAUCCAAGAGGAAUCAAACUAAGUGUAAAAUCUUUAUCUAUGUUCUGACCUCACCUAAGAUCAUGCUGACAGCAGUGUCCUUCUUAAAACUAUGCAGCACCUCGUUGAUCUCAGUCACACUCUCUUCUACUAAUGAAUUCUCAUUCCUUACCUGAUUGUCACUUACCACUAACUAAGAUUUAAAAUGAUCCUCUAAAACAUCUAAUGGGAAGACAACAUUAGUAGGGCCAUCCAUUAACUGCCUUGCCAAGGUUCUUCUAUUUUCCUUGAAUAUCCUCUGCAUUGUCACCCUUGGGUUUGGCAUAUCGCUUCCUUGCCACUGUACCUAUGUGGACAGCCAGCAGUGGUUAUGUUUGUGGAAAGUGGUGGGAGAGAAACAAAUUAAGAUGAGCUGACCCAAAAACAUGUACUCAUUGGGUGUUCAUUUCUAAAUUGUGCACCUGGAAUGGUAGAUUAGCGCAUUUGAACCAAGAGUGAUCUUUGUGCCCUUUUGGAAAUAUUUUAAGUUUGGGACUGAUUGGCAUAGAAGAGAUGAGAAUAACAGAUCAAAUACAAUUGCUCAAAAUCUACAUUUUAGUCAAGUGCAAAAUCGAUAAACUGAUCACCACUUUAACGAACUGUUCUGGCUGUUGAUUAUGCACAAGGUAAUUGGAUGAUGAUAAAUUCAUGUGCAUGAAUAUGUACAUCUUCCUAAAUGUGUACUAUUAUAUUGCACCCUUUCCUGCUUCUUCCUCUUAACUCCCUGCCGAGUCUUGAUUUACUCGUGUUCGACUAUGAAUGUUAGAGCCUUAUUUACUCUGGUUUAAUUAGAGAGUUGUAAGGUUAGUUUUAAUUUGCUAAAAAGGAAUCGGACACACACUAUAAAUAGCCUAAUAAACCAACUUAUUCACUGCUAAGCAACCUUGGAAAGUCUCUCCACUUGUUUUUCAUUUUCAGUAAACCCUGCUACAAAGUAGUCAUAUAGGUAAAGUUGUUACACCCAUGGUCUUUAACCUCGCAGACAGCAGGGUUUGUAAGAAUCUGAUUUGUACAUGACUUAGCAGAAUUUCUGAAGGAACAAAGUUCCAAACAAAACAACUACCACAUGUGAGCAACUGGGAAGUUACACUUUUUGCCUUUAUCUCUUCAAAAUUCAAAAAUGGACUGAAUUCAGGAUGCCAUGUCGUCCCUUCUCCAACUUUGAAAUGUGCGUUUCAAUUGCAUGAGUUUAUUGAUCUUCCACAAAAUAGAGUAACUGGUAGUAUUUAGUCUUGAACAUCACCUUUUCCUCUUUUAUUAGAAUAUUAAGGGAGCAAAUAUCACACACUAAAUUGUCAAAGAUGUUGUCAGUGCAGCUGCUCAGUUAUCGAAUAGUGAUCCCUCGUAGAAUUGACCCAUUGAGUCUGAAGUGGAGUUGGUGGGCAUGUGAGGGAGAAUAAGUUGCAGGACGAAGGGAAGUAGGGGAAUGCUGGCCAAUGGAAUUACUCUGCUGGUAACUGGCACAAACCCACUGGGCUGAACCAUCGGCUCUUGUGUUGUAAUCAGUAACUUUGUGUACUCACGGUAGCAAUGAUGUGCUUUCCAAAUGACAUUUUGGGGAACAAGUUCUGAUGGACUGGUUUCCAGAUUGUUAUAGCAGCACCUUGGGUAACACUUCCCAUUUUUCCUUUCACUUCAGCAGCUCACAACAAAGACUUUGAAAUAGUUGAAGCAGGAAGCUCUUGCAUUCAGUGUCCCCAGGUGUUAAAACCUACUGUUACCAUGCAUGUCUAUAAAUUGGACCACUUGAGGUGAUAACUAAUUAUGUGGUCACAUCUUAAAUCAUCAUUGACUUCAGUAAGGGUGGCAAAUCUGAAGUGCACUACUUCCUCCAUUCCCUGUGCACAGGAACACUUCUGAAGUUAACCAUUGCAUGAUGUGAAGGACUAGGUGGUCAUUUUGCCCUGUUACGCCCAGUGCUGCAUUGGUUUUUCAGUUUAGAGUCAGAAGCUGGUUUGAUGUGAAUGAAACUCAGUAACUCUUUGUAUCUGACUGGCUGAAAAAUGUCAUCCUUUUGAAGUGUUUUGAUGGUCUCAUUAAAAUUUCCAUAUUUAUGAAUGAAAAUUAAUCAAAUGUUUUCUGUUUGAGAUAUCACUUCCUGUGGCUAUAAAAGGGAAACUGAUUACUCUUAAUGGAUCCUGAUUUUAAGUACUUCAUCUUUAAAUUGGAUAUCUCAUGUUAUAUAGCCUUUUUAAAAGGAAUUUCCCCUUUCAGGAGAGUGAAUUGAUUUUUUUUUAGUUUGAGUUAAUAACUGCUAAAUCAAGCCAUCACUCCCAGGCAAAUUAUUCUGAACUGUGUGCUUGGCAAUGUUGCUCCUAUAUUACAUGUAACAUGUAUAUUCUGAAAAUGUGGAAAAUUCUCUCUUUUGAUUGUUGUACAUCAUUGUCAUUGUAAAACAUCUUGGCUUAAAAAGGCCAAGCAACGGUUAUGGGAGCAGUAGAAUUUAACCACAAAGUGGGUUUCCUUUUACCAGGUAGACAGGUGGACUCAUUUAAAUUGAUACACAAUAAUCCACAUUGGUAGAUAUUAAGAGAGAAGGAUUUCUAGGACUCUCUACCAUAGUAUUAGGCUGGAGAGACAGAGUAUCACCGAUACUUAGGGCUGAGUUGGUUUAUUUCAAGGGCAGCAUUUGAUAGAACUUUGGGGUUUGUUAGUGCCUUUGGAGCUGGGGUGGGGAAAAAAUAACCUGUGUUUUCUGAUCUUAUUUGUCAAUGUAGCUGGAGAAGCAAAUGUAUCUGAUGAAAAGUAAGAUCAGAUUUUUUUUUCUGUGAUGUUCUCCAUCUAAUAAUCUUCCAACAGUCAUUGGGCUUGUGUUUUUGGAGCAUUGUACUGAUGGUGUCUGUGUGCCUGUGGAGUUGAACUUCCAUACAGACUUGAGCCAUUUUUAGAAAGGAGAAAAUUGGGCUGAAUGGAAUAUUGAGAGAGAAUUGUGAAGGGGAAAUUUGGCAAAUGCUGCUUUGGAAAUACUGUUAACUUUUCAAAUCCUCCCUGAAAUGUUAACAUUUCUGUCUCCAUUAGCAUUUCUUGUCUGGCAGAGUAAUUAUAGUAUUUUCUGUUUUGGAUUUCCAUAAUCUCUAAUAUUUUAAAUAUUUUACUGUUCUCUGAAUGUUUAUGGAAAUAGUCUCAAACUAGUGGGAUCAUCAGCUUUGUGUUGAAUGACCCAGUUAAACAUUUCGGCACCCUUGCCUCUGCUACACAACUUUAAGGUCUAUGGCAGUUAAUAGCACUCCAUGCUUUACAUUCCUGAAUCCUGGAAAAAUGAUGACACAGAAGGAGACCAUUGAGCCCAUUGUAUCUAUGUUGGUUGGGGAGAAGAGAAAAAAAUCCAGCCUAAUCCCACUUCCUGCUCUUGAUCCAUAGCCUUGCAGGUCACAACUCUUCAAGUACACAAGCAGGCACAUUAAAGUGUGGUGGAGGGUUCUGUCUCCACCACCUUUUCAGGCAGUGAUUUCCAGACCCCUACUGCAUCCUGAGUAAAGACAUAUUUUUCUUUCACCCCUCUAAUCCUACUAAUCUAUGCCCCUUAGAUUUGGACCCCCUCAGCUAAAGGUAGUGGAUCUUUCCUAUUUACUCUAAUCCAUUCAUACUCGUGAUGCCCCUUAAUUGUCUCUCCUUGGCCUCCUGUGUUCCAAAAAUGAUAACCUGAGUUUAUCUAAUCUUUCUUCAUCGUUGCUCCUGGUUACACACUUGUAAAUCUCCUCUGAAUCCUGUCUAGUGUAACCACAUCUUUCCUGUAACAUGGAGACUAGAACUGUACAUACUAUUCAAGCUGUGGCCUAACAAGUGUUGGGUAAAAUUCUAGCAUAACUUCCGUGAGCUUCUGUGCUUCAGCUAAUAAAGGAAAUAUUGUCAGUUCUAAUUGAAAUGUAGGGUUUUUGAUACAGAGGUAGAUUGUGCACUCUUAACUCUAGAAAAUGGCUGUUUUUCUACCUCUAGAAAACAGUAAAAAAAAAAUGUAAGCUUAGAUGUUGAAAAGCAUGGAUUUUUACAUGUUUAAUGGCACUGGAAAAUUGCAGUCACUAUCAUUUACCUGUAUGCUCUAAUUCUCCAGAAGAAAUUUGCCAAUUACAAUUGAUUCAUUACUUUAGAUCUUGGCUUUUAAUUUGCAGGUUCACGGACAGCCUAGUUUGGGGUCCAAAUCAGCGAGGAGAAAUCUAUAAGUGCUAAGUUACCUGUUGUGAAUUGUACACCAGGGCUCAGAUUUUUUUUACAUUUUACAGCUAUAGUCUCCACACUUUGCAUUUUGUGAUGCUUUUUUAGAGAAUCUACAUCUACCGCAACAAAAGUUCACUUGUACCCAUUCCUGUGGGUAAAAUAUUUUAAUGAUUCUGUCAUUGCCUGGUUUUCUGGUUCAAACUUUUCCAAGUGGAAUUUUUUAUAUCUGUGUGCCUUAGUAAAAUCAAUGAAGAUGCAUGUAAGAUUUUUGUUUUUAUUUCCUUACAGAGAUUUGGCAGAAACCGUUUUGUCCGUUGUUAUUUAUUUAUUUAUUUGAACAUUCCACAAAUACAUUGUUAUUAACCGGAGUCCAAUACUCGUUCCAAAGUCUUCAAGCUUGUGCACUUUUGCUAAGUAAAACUUUUUGUGACCAACAGCUUUCAUACGGCUGUGUUUUAUAGACACUUGUAAUACUUUUUGUAUUUAAAUAAAAAUGUACUGC